UAUGGGCUUCACUAAAAUGUUUAUGUGAUAAAAUAUUUAUAAGUAUAGCUCUUAAUUUCAUGGUCCAUUUCAUUUGGAGUUCAGCUAUUUGUAAAAUAUUUGAAAAGUCCAGCUUAAUGAACGUCCUAAUACGAAUAAUAUAAAAAACGUGCAAUAAUGGCUGUUUAAACCUCUGCACUGUAUGACAUAUUUAUGAGUGAUUUUGAGUCACAGUCUUCUGUCGUGGCACCAGCUGCAAUUCCAACAUGACCAACUGGAGUCAAAGUCAAUGACAGGCUGGAGUUCAUCUUGUCAUAAAGACACACUGUUCCUAUAAUAGGAACUUACUGAUAAGCUGUAUACACACAGAAUGAACUUUGAACAGUGUGCCUAUGAUGCCAUGCCUGAUAAACACACAUUAAUGUGGGAUGGAGGGGAAAGAUGAACCAUGUAGAUUUAAUUUCGACAGUAGCCCCGAGGACGCCUGCUGCUCUUCUUCUUUUCUUUGAUUGUAUUGCAAAGACUGGAUUAAGAUCUCUCCUGAGUUCACAAGACCAUGACUAUCGGCAGGAGCUCCAAAAAGAACAUGGCCCCUCGUUCUCCUCCUUUUCUGGACAAGGCUAGUGGAUUCUAUGGGCGCUUGGAUGAGAUGUGUGGAGACGAUGUACAGAGAGAGACCACAGAAGAGCAGAUAGAAACCUUGAACUGGAGCAGCCAAGAUAAUAGGACAGCUCCAAGCUGGAUAGAAGAGGAUGACCAUGUGGUUGAUUUUAACCAGGGUAUGAUGGAUGACGAUGGGACCACUUUACUGAAGAGAAAGCCCAGCAGACUGAGUCGCCGCUGGAGCAGGAUGAGCUCCAGGAAGGCAAAAUAUGACAAAUUUUCCUCAGAGAAUGAACUGGGUAAGGAGACCAACAAGCCCACCUCUGUACAUCUAAACCCAGAGGUGCCACCAGCAACCCAAACCCUGGAAAACAGCAGAGAACCAGAACCAACACUGGUCCAUUUCUCCGCGAGGGAGCAUGCUGACGACCAAAUUCUGAUCUCAGGGAAAAAGGAAGGAGAAGGGGAAAUGGAAGACAAAAGAAAAGUGAAGAAGCCAGAAGGCAAACAGAAUGGGGAGCCAUUGGAAGUUGUAAAGAGAAACACUCUCAAGAAUUAUCGCAAGGUAAGAUUUAGUUGCUAAUUAGUGUUGGUUUAAUGCAUUUUGAAAAAUUCCGGAACCGGAAUAGAAUGACGUUCGGUUUCGUUGGCGGUUCCAACCUUCAUUCUUCCGCCGAAAUUCCUCCUCCGUACUGAAAUACCCUGCCUGCAAUACUUGUUCAGCGUUGUGCUCUUUAGUCCGA